GUCUGAUCAGUGAGGGGAAAGGAAAGGAAGGCGGAACUAAUCUCUCACGGUCACUGCUGUGCGGCGGAAGGUGUUUGGCGUUGCGCCGCCGCUGUUUAGGUCACGUGUGUAGAAGCAGCAUGGCGGAGGGGAAGCAGGAAUUACAGCCCGGUGCCGGUAAAAAGAAACAGAGAGAAAGCAAGCCUGCUAUAGAUGAAUCUGAACUUCUUACGGUUCCAGAUGGCUGGAAAGAAGAGCCUUUCACUAGAGAGCAUAACCCUAAAGGAUUGUUGGAGGAGAGCAGCUUUGCCACAUUGUUUCCCAAAUAUAGAGAAGCUUAUCUGAAGGAGUGCUGGCCAUUAGUGCAGAAAGCUUUGGCGGAAAGUUAUGUGAAAGCAGAAUUGGAUUUAAUUGAAGGCAGUAUGACUGUUGCCACUACCAAAAAGACAUUUGACCCUUAUGUUAUUAUCAGGGCAAGGGACAUGAUAAAGCUGUUGGCCAGAAGUGUACCGUUUGAGCAGGCUGUAAGGAUUCUCCAAGACGACAUGGCCUGUGACAUUAUUAAAAUUGGCACGUUAGUUCAAAAUAGGGAAAGGUUUAUUAAAAGGAGACAACGGCUUUUGGGACCUAAGGGAUCUACUCUGAAGGCCCUGGAGCUUCUCACAGACUGUUACAUAAUGGUUCAGGGAAAUACUGUAUCUGCUCUUGGACCCUUUAACGGCCUUAAAGAGGUUAGAAAAGUUGUUCUGGACACCCUGAAGAAUAUCCAUCCUAUAUAUAACAUUAAGGCUUUAAUGAUCAAGCGAGAGUUGGCAAAAGACCCAGAGCUGAGAACAAAAAGCUGGGACAGGUUUCUGCCAACAUUUAAACAUAAAAAUGUGAGCAAGAGGAAAGAACCAAAGAAAAAGACAAUCAAGAAAGCAUAUACACCAUUCCCACCACCACAGCCAGAUAGCCAGAUUGACAAGGACCUGGAAAGUGGAGAGUACUUCCUGAGAAAAAGUCAGAAGAGGAAAAAGAAACUGGACGAUAUAAGAACCAAACAAGCAGCAGCUCUGUCUAAACGUCAGGAAGAGAGAAACAAAGCAUUUAUCCCACCAGAGGAGAAACCAGUAAUGGAGCCCCAGGAAGAGCCCACUUCCACCAAGAUUGAUGUGAAUGCCAUUAAAGAAAAAGUAAAGAAAGCAAAAGGCAAACGACUUGGUGCUCUUCCAGAAGCAGAAGUAAAACAAAAGUUGUUAACAUCUGAAAAGAAGAAAAAGAAAAAAUGAUGGAUGAGCGUCUGAUAUUGUUUCUCUUCCUUUUUAAUAGAAGAGUUUUAUCAGAUUGUUCUCUUCAAAGAAGAUAGCCCAAACCUGCAAUGGUCUACGUUAACAUCAUGUUCAAUCAAGUACAUCGUUCAAAUAUUGUGAUUUCUCCUUUUCAUAAAACUAGCAAAUCUGAGUAAUUGUGUUAGCAUCAUAAGUUUCUGCUUGUUUAAUGCAAUUACAUUGUAAUGGUCUUCAAUCUUUUCACCAGUUUUUACUGUUUUUUAAUAUCAGUUCACCUAAAAAUCCAUUUGUUUUUCAGUAAACCCAAAUAGUAGUUAGGGAGAGAAUGUUCUUUUGAAUGUCCCUUUUCUAACAGAAAACCUCUAAAGUAGGCAUUCACCCUAAUAACGCCCAACUUGAGCACCUUCGUUUCCAAAACCUUAAAGGGUUCAGCAGGUGUCAAUCACUGCUGUGCAGUGUUUUAUUGUUUGCCUUCUUCAAGCGGCUUACAAACCUUCUUUUUAGUUUUUCUGCGUAGUACAGCUUCCCUUUUGUUGCCCUGCUGACACCAGCUCUGUAAGUAUUGCAGAUACCAUCUAUGUAUGCCCCCACUUAUACUUGGCCUUUCACAACAUACACACCAUUCUCUCCAACCUGCAUUUUGUAAAUGGCUUUAAGUAGGCAGGGACAGAUACGCAAUGCCAGGACUAUUGUCUGGCAGUGGGCCAAAAAACUGUACUAUCCAACAAAACCAUUUUUUUUUUAAUUAGUUGAAGAAAGCUGACAUCAAAUUACUGCACAGCAAAGUAAGUUCUUCUAAGCAAUGAAACUAUUGAUGCCCAUGAUGCAAAAGUGGCUUGUUAAAGAAAAUAUGUUGCUGUGACACACAAAGCAAUGCAACCAUAAGGAAGCUGCACAGCACAUGUAGUUUCUUUAAGUGGUCCCAAAAGUGAGCCCCAUUUGUCAUAGCAAGCCAUUUAAAGAAAAUGUGAGCCUGGGUACUGAGCAAACAUUUAUUUUUCCGCAGCCCAAAUUGUAAAACGGUACUCAGUGUCUGAAUGACCUGUGGCUCUGUGCAAAUUUAUAUUUUCAGAAAAAGCAUGACUUUGCAUACCAUCUUUGGGGACUCUAGUGGUGGACUAUAGCUGUGGACAGUGACGCUUGUCUCAUGUGGCGCCAGGUUUACUUCAAGUGUCAUAAUGUAAUAAAACCUUGUUAUCCAAUAAGUAAUACUCUUUCAAGAGGGUAUAUGCAUAAACCAUUUAGUGAAAUAAGCAUAAAGUGACACUGCAGGUGAAAUAAAUAUAAAGUGACAUUUGAAGACUAAUGCCAUUCUAGGCCUGCAGGUGGUGCUAUUUUGUAGACAAUGCAUUUUUUUUCCAACCGUCAUUGCAGCUGUUUGUAUCAUUUCUGUAAAUUAUAUAUUUUUACACUUCA